AUGACUGAAGCUAAACCCCCUCAAGUUCGCGAGGCUGAUGUCGAGGCCUCAGUGCUCCACCACAAGACCUUCCUCCAGUAUCGGUAUGAGCUGAACCAACUCGAGGCCAAAGUAAAAGAGCUUGCUGAAAAGAGAGGCAUGUAUAAGCUUCUCAGUGAACAACGUGAAGGAGAAGUCAAGUGCCUCCGAGCCGAGUUGGACGCGACUCAAAAGAAACACGCCGACCUGUUGGAACAGCUCCGGGCUGAGAUGGAUGAAGUCAAGGCCGUGGCUGAGGAGUGGAAGGUCAAGAUGGAUCGAUUGGCUUCGGAAAAGGAGACCGCCUGGAAGCAACUGGCCUCGGUGGAGGCCAAACUUCGAUCGAUGAAGGAGAAAGCUGAAACUCGGUCCCAAAAAAUCAAAGACCUCCAGUCUCAACUGGGCUCGGCCAUUGCCGCACGGGAUACCCUUUCCAAGGAGCUUAAACUAGCCAAAUCAGCGGCGAAAAUAACCAGGACUGACGCUGAAGAGAUGGUGGCCUGGUAUAAAGCUUUGAGGGGUGAAUUUAUCCGAGACAUACCUUAUACCUCAUGCAGAAGUCUAAGAUGA